AUGGCUAUGCGAGACGUCAUUGGUGACCCGGAUUUGCUUCUUAGGAAGACCCCUGCGAACCCAAAAUAUGAGCACGUGAAGCCCGUUGUGGAGACCGGUAUGACGGCUGAGCUGGCACGCUUCAUGAAGAACACAGGCGCCGCCUUGUAUCGGGUAUCAGGCGAACCUUUCAUGCGGAUUCGGACACGACUGAUAGGGGACUUUGUUCAAAAGCAGCAAUCCCAGUCGGGGGAAAUUAAAGACGGCGGUUUUGCCCACCCGAUGGAUGAGUACCGGGCUCCCGACACACAACUGCCGAAGGAAUAUCUCAUUCUAGACGUCCGUUCGGAGGAAGAGUACGCGGCUUGUCAUAUCAAAGGGGCACUGCACUAUCCGAAGCGGCGAAUGGUACACGCCAUUAAUCCUCUUCUUCCCGAGAUGUUCAACUUUAAGAAUAAGGAAAACAAGCUAAUCGUGUUGUACGACUUGGAAGAAGAGAUGACGAUUGCCCAGGGUAUUGGACAAAACGUUUUUGAAAAGGGUAUUGACAACCUAGCGGUGAUGACCGGUGGCCUGCGCGAGUUUGUUCAGGAUUACGCAGACUGUAUUGUGGGAGAGUCUCCUGUGCCUAUAGUCCCGCGUGAUACCCGGCUGCUCAAGCGUGCAGAGGCUGUGUCAGCAGCACGUAGUGAAACGCAGCGCAGCGCAUUCUCGCAUAAGCCGAAGAGUCUUUCCAACAGCCUCGCCAAGCCCCGUCCGCGAUGA